CAACUCCAAACGCCAAACGCACCAACCAAACCAGAAUCACAAUAAUUCCAGAGAAACGCAGCGCCCCAACUAACGCCAAGACCCUAGACCCCACAUCCCAAAGCCGAGAGCCCCAAGACUACUCAGAGAGUGCACUAGAACAACAACGCUUGAUGAUAUUUCGUUCUUCCUUUUCGUCGAGGUAUAAAAAGCUCUUCAACCUUUCGAAACGUUGUCAUUUGACUAAGUUACUUCACCUGUUCAAGAUGGUUAAAACCACAUUAAUUAUCCCAUUGCUGCUAUUGGGCUUUGCAUCAGCAGCUUUAGCAUCAGAAGAUCAACCAGCUCGUAUUGUGUGUUACUUCAGUAAUUGGGCUGUUUAUCGUCCUGGAAUUGGACGUUAUGGCAUCGAAGAUGUCCCAGCUGAUUUAUGUACGCAUUUAAUUUAUUCAUUUAUCGGAGUCGAUGACAAGAGCUGGCAAGUUAUGGUCAUCGAUCCAGAAUUGGACAUCGAUCAAAAUGGAUUCAGGAAUUUUACAAAUCUCAAAAAAUCUCAUCCAAAUUUGAAGCUUCAAGUAGCCGUUGGUGGAUGGGCUGAAGGUGGUAAGAAAUACUCACAAAUGUGUGGUGUCAAGGAGCGACGAAUGACAUUCAUUCGGAGUGUUAUUGAGUUCAUGAAGAAAUACAAUUUCGAUGGAUUUGAUUUGGAUUGGGAAUAUCCCGGAGCUUCAGAUCGUGGUGGUAGUUUUGGGGAUAAAAACACGUUCUUGUACUUUGUUCAAGAAUUACGUAGGGCAUUCGAUCGUGAGGGCAGGGGCUGGGAAAUUACUAUGGCUGUGCCAGUGGCUAAGUUUAGGCUUCAAGAGGGAUAUCAUGUUCCGGAAUUGUGCGAACUCUUAGACGCUAUUCAUGCUAUGACUUAUGAUCUGAGAGGAAACUGGGCUGGUUUUGCCGAUGUUCACAGUGCCUUAUACAAACGUCCCCAUGAUCAAUAUGCUUAUGAGAAACUCAAUGUGAAUGAUGGUUUGGCCCUUUGGGAAGAAAUGGGCUGCCCAGCAAAUAAGCUCGUUGUUGGAAUCCCCUUCUAUGGUCGUACAUUUACUUUGAGCAAUUCUAACAAAGACUACAGCAUGGGAACGUACAUCAACAAAGAAGCUGGUGGUGGGGCACCUGGCCCCUACACAAAUGCCAGUGGCUUCUUGGCCUACUACGAAAUCUGUACCGAGGUUAUGGAUGACACCAAAGGAUGGACUGUCAAAUGGGAUGACGCCGGAAAAGUACCCUACACCUAUAAGGGCAACCAGUGGGUUGGCUACGAGGACCCCAAGUCAGUUCAAAUCAAGAUGGACUACAUCAAGGAAAAGGGCUAUGCUGGAGCUAUGACUUGGGCUAUUGACAUGGACGACUUCCACGGCCUUUGUGGGGCUGAAAAUGCUUUGUCAAAAAUUUUAUACUACAACAUGAUCGACUACAAAGUUCCACCACCAACCAGAGAAACAACUCCAAGGCCUGAUUGGGCGAAACCACCAUCGACAGAACCAUCCGCAGACGAAGUAAACAUUGUUCUUGAGCCAACAACAAGUCGGCCAAGGCCGAAACCAAAACCAACAACAACCACUAGCACAACUUCGACUACAAAGCGUCCUGUCACAGCCGCUGCCGCCACAACAACAACCACCGCUGCCGCACCAUGUGCAACAGCAACAACAACAACCCAAAAACCAACAACAAAUUUAGAUCAUGAGGUGAUUGACCAACCUGCUCAAGCCGAUACCGGGGAGGGCGGAACUCAGCCGUCAUCAUCGGCUGAAGAAGUCGACGAAGAAGAUGAACUGUCAAAGAUUGAUUGUUCGACCAGGGAUUAUGUUCCACACUCAGAUUGUAGCAAGUAUUACCGCUGUGUCCAUGGAAAGCCAGUGGAGUUUAGCUGCAAGCCUGGUACAGCUUUCCAUACUAUGACUCAUGUGUGUGAUUGGAUUGAAAAUAAUGAUCGUUAUUAUUGCACAAGACUGAAGAAGAGCGAUUUGGAAAAUGACAUAAGGAGUUAGAGAAUGGCUGUGAGAUGCUUUUAUUUUAAUAUGGGAAAUCUUUAUAAUAUUUUGAAAUGUAUAACGAUGUAAUGGACAAAAAUAUAGUAAUUUUAUGAAAGUGAA